AUGCGCCCAGGUGGUGCAGGAGGAGCAGGUGAAGUGAAACCCAGUCUUAAACCUGUUAAGCCCACAGUCAAGGAACCAGCAAAGCACAAGCCCAAACAAACAGAAGAGACAUUCACUGAUUUGUUUGACGCCACCAUUCGACCAGGCCUGUUGCUCCGAACACCCCCUAGUCUUCUCCGAACCUCUGUUCCCCCUCGGAAAGCCCAGUCUGAUUUUGGGGACUUGAAUCUUGAAGAUGCCUUGAGCCCCGACAAUGACAUCAGAGGAAAGGGCAAAGACUCUGGCAAAGGCGAUAAAGACCUCGGAGGAGGGGGCCGUGAUGAAGGCAAACCCAAUAGCAGAGGUGGAACUGGUGGUAGUGAAUUCUCAGAUGCAGACCUUGCAGAUGUGGGCAAUGAUAACGCCUACAAACCCGACAAAGGCAAAGGUGGAAGUAGUGGUGGACAUAGUGGCAGUGAUUUGGAUCAUGCUGAUGACAACCACGACACCAUGGCUGAGACUGGAACUAUCGCUGGUAUUGUGAGCGCUGUUGCUAUGGCUCUGGCCGGUGCAGUGAGCGGUUACAUCUCCUACCAGAAGAAGAAGUUGUGCUUCAGCAUACAGCAGAGUCUAAAUGCAGAUAUGGUGAAAGCAGAUGCCCCAGAUGCUGUAGUUGCACAGGAGCCACAAGUUCAACAAACUCUUCUCCAGCCUCCCAACGCUGAGCCGCCAACAGAGGAAAAUGCGGUGUAAUCUGAAAUGCAUCAUCCAAACUGAAGAGGGCACAGUUCUAUAUCAUUGUUCUCCCAUUUGAAUGCCACUGUAUUUCAUGGCACAUUUACACCACAACUCCCUUUUUGAAGUACCAAUGUGACUGUUUAAUUCAGCGGUGCCCAAACUCGGUCCUGGAGGGCCGGUGUCCUGAAGAGUUUAGCUCCAACCCCAA